GCACCACGGGCUAACUUACAGCUGGUCGUUUAUUAUGAUGGUAGAAAUGUCCAGCCGCCAGCACCUCUAUCCGACAAUCAUGUCGUCGAAUGAGGACGCCGGCUCCGAAUCUAAAACAUGUGGCAAGAUCCUGGUGGCGCUGUCAUGGGUCCUGGUGGUGCUGACGAUGCCGUUCUCUCUGUUCAUAUGCUUUAAGGUCGUUCAGGAAUACGAACGUGCGGUAAUCUUUCGUCUCGGGCGUUUACUCUCAGGCGGCGCCAAAGGACCCGGCAUAUUCUUCAUCCUGCCAUGUAUUGACACGUAUGCUCGCGUAGACCUGCGCACGCGCACCUACGACAUUCCGCCGCAAGAAGUCCUGACAAAAGACUCCGUGACUGUAUCCGUUGACGCCGUGGUGUACUACCGCGUGCACAACGCCACCAUAUCGAUCGCCAACGUGGAGAACGCUCACCAGUCCACCAGGCUGCUCGCUCAGACCACCCUUCGCAACACCAUGGGCACCAGGCCUCUGCAUGAGAUACUCAGCGAGCGCGAGACCAUCUCCGGCAACAUGCAGUUGGCACUUGACGAGGCUACCGAAGCUUGGGGGAUCAAGGUCGAACGCGUUGAGAUCAAAGAUGUCCGCCUGCCAAUCCAACUGCAACGCGCGAUGGCUGCCGAGGCCGAAGCCGCCAGGGAGGCUCGCGCCAAGGUAAUCGCCGCAGAGGGUGAGCAGAAGGCAUCGCGCGCCCUCCGUGAGGCUUCUGAAGUUAUUGGAGACAGCCCGGCCGCUUUACAACUACGAUACCUGCAGACCUUGAACACCAUUUCUGCUGAGAAGAAUUCCACCAUCGUGUUCCCGCUGCCGAUCGACCUGAUUACAUACUUCAUUAAGGCCAAAGAGGAAGUUUAAACUGUACAUUAAUAUUGUUUUAUUUUUAAACAACCUUAAAGUAGAAUUAGUAGGAUUCUUCGUUAGCAAUGGUAAAUAAAUGCCAAACUAAUUUUCGAUUAAUGAUGUAGCGAAUAUAGCUAGAUUUGCUUAUAGCACAAAAAAAAAUAGCUGCAUCUAGAUCUUAACAAAAAGAUUCAUCAAGAAAGCUGUGUUUAGCUGUAAUUUAGUUUAUUCUUACCAUAUAAGAGGAAUCGUAACGGUUUAUUAACAUAAUUUGGCUAAUUAAUUAUCAAACUAAAAUUGACUAAAACAAUGGUCAAUAAAGUAAAAAAUUGUAAAAAAAUAAUUCAACCACAUAAUCCAGCUUUACCAAAAUGAGCCCUUAAACAUCAUACCAAUUAGAUUUUCAACUUAAAGCCUGGGGUAUAUUUGUUUCCUACCAUUAGCACAUCAUAUAACAAUGCACAAUCUCUGCGUUAUUUAAGCAUAUUUUAAUAUUAGUAAGUAACUCGGCACGACCAGGGUGCUUUUUCUGUGUGGGCUUAGGGAGAUGCUUAAUAGAGAUUCGGACAACUUCUAUUAUAAGAGGACCUGUGCUGGCCGCGUGCCAUCCCUAUACUGUUAUUUCAUGUUCUAGACAAAAGUUGCUCGUCAGUGGAAUUUAGAAUAAAUUGAAAUUGAUCAAAGAAUUAUACAUAUCAUGGGGGACGCCGUAGUGUGACCUCCGACGCCGCCUCGCUUGUAUUUAUGCUCAGUCUGAUUUCGACUAGUAUGCAACAAAUAGAUUAUUUAAGAAUUAUAUUAGUCUGUUAUCAUAAAUUUAUUUUGUAGUGGCGUAACGCCGUAAAGUUUAUCUUGUGUUUUAGUAGUUUUUAUGUUCUUGAUUUAAAUUUGGACUAGGUAUAGCCUCAGUUGUUAUUAUUUACUCCCGCAGAAUAGGCUUUCGGGGAGGAAUGACGCUUAAGAUCUUUCCUAAGCGGCCCUUAAAAGAGCUUCUCCUGAUGAAGUGUCCGUCCAGACACCUACAAGUACAAACAAUAUAAUAUAGUGCUCAAGACCGUAUGUCGUGUGCAAUCGCUGCAUUUGUCCGCCACUUUUUUAUUCACUGUAGUUUUUAAAUUGAUUUUGCUGGUUCUAUUGGUGAGUUAAUUAAAAUGAUUUGUAGCUCUAGUAUUAUCUAUUAGCAUUCUUUUUUUCUUUACUUCUUAAUGCACCAACUUUAACCUUUCUUAAUCAUCAACUAUGUUGUGUAUUUCAUUUCAAGUUCUUAUCAAAUCUAAUUCCGGAUAUUGACAUACAGAAUUACGAAGUAAAUAUUAUAUUAUAUGGUUAAAUUUACUGCUUAAAAUAGCUAUAAUAGGCUUAGAAAAUAAGUAGUUAAUAGAAAUGUUUAUUGAGUAUUUAAUUAGGUGAAGUCAGUCCUAUAAUAAAAAAAAUCAUAAUCAUUUCUUUUCCAGUUAUUCGAAUUUAAGUCUUAAGUUCUAUAUAGUCGCUAUUUAUUUACAAUUAUCACUGAGUUAUUUGAUUUUAAACGUUAUGCCGUGGGGCGACGGCUUAGAAUACUAAUCGCCCCCCCUUACUUAUCCUGUGGGGGUCGUAAGAGGCGACCGAAGGAUCACGGGCGUCCAACUGUCCAGGCUGGACCGCUUCGGUGAAAAACCCGCUUCGCGGGAUCAGCUGCAGUCUAGCCAGUUUCAUUUUAUGUUCUAUAAUAGUUGUUAAGGCAUUUUAAAUAUUUUUCGAAUUAUUUUUAUUUAUGGCUAGUAAUACGACCGAAUAAUAGUAUAGAGUUAUUGAUAGAUUAAACCGUGUCAUAUGUAAAAUACAUCGAUUGCAUGCGAUAUACGGCCUGCUAUCCAGCAUAACCUUCACAGCAAAAAACGAAUACAAUAUUUGAGCAAUUAGGUAGUGAAUUAGUGAUAAGUAUAUUAGAAGUUAUUUUAUUAUAAUUGCAGUGUUAUAUACAGUAGAAACCUGGUGGUCAUUCAUUUGGGUUUAGAUUUAUUUGGACAGUCAGAAACAAUAAUUUGUUUAUUGAUAUUUCUGCAAAAAAGUAUUUAGUUUUCGUUCAUUUGACUUCACCAAAAUAUCUUCCACUCUAUAUCUUAUAUCCUGUAGAUAAUUGAAAACGUUGCCUAAGUAAUAUCUAUGUGAAUUUAUUAAUGAAUAAAUAUAAACUUUUUUAUUAGUCAGUGCUAUUAAGAUAUUAACUUUUUUCAAACUAUAUAAGUUAUAUGCUUAUUUGAUUUUUAGCUUAUAAUUCAUCAAUAAUAUUAAUAUAAUUCAUCAAUAAGGUUCUACUGUGUGCAACAUAUUGAUCUCAUAGAUAUAUUAUGUAGAAUAUAGCGAUAGAUAUAGUGAACUUAGGCAAAUACUGUCAACAAGAGAGAAUAGAAAUUAAGAAUUAAAAAAAUAUAAUUGGGCACGAGAUGUCUAUAUAUACACAUUUACUACCAAUAUAUCUAUACUAAACUUAUAUAAAUUCAUCCAUCCAUUCUUAUUAAUAUUUAUUAUAACACUAUAAUAGAUUUGUCUAUUUAAUUCAUAAGUUAUUAUUUAAUUUCUAUUUACUUAAGUUGACAGUAUUUAUACUCAUAGCGUACUGCGUAGGCGCGAUAGGUAAAGCAGCUUUAGGAAAAAAAAUAAAAACAAAAAAAAAUAUAGUAUGUAGCAAAAUAUAAUAAAUAUUACGUAUGUACUUAUUAUAGAACGCGUCAUUUUUAUGACCGUAGUCUUGGAUUGACAUGGGAAGCUCACUUGAUUGGAUAGUAACUGACUUUUAUAUUCAAUAUACUGAUGUUAUAAUUUGCGGUUAUAAAACUUAUAUAAAUUUUAUCUUAUAAGAAUGCUUAUUUUUCAUAAUUGGCCACAUAUACUUAUUGUUAAAGCUUGACUCUAUAUUAUUUGCUGUAAAUGUAUUUAAUUAGAAAGUAAGUAGUUAAUAUUGUUCUAAGUAUAUAGGAUUAAGAAGGAUGUGUAAUAUGUACUGGCAAAUAGAAUAAGCACUUUGCGAGUGCGUUAUGAUCGUGGCACGACUAUCGCAAUCUAAAUGUUGAGUAAUGUAAGACUUUAAGUAUGUAAUAAGGCAUAUAUAGGAGUAUGGUAGAAUAUUAUGAAAAUAGUAUUGUGCGGCCCAAGGAUAACAGCAGUUGAUACGACGUUCUUAGAUGAUAUAAAUAUCACUCGCGCAGAAGGAACAUGCGUGCUUAUAUAUAAUGUAUAGAUAAAUAGUUAUUAGAUUAAUUAAAUAUUAAACAACGAAAUUAUUAAUAAUACAAAUGGAUUAUGCUAAUUAUAAGCGAUAUAUAUAAACUGCACGUAAAUUACUCUUAACAAUAAUUAGUUUAGGUAAAUAAGUGGUAGAGCCACGCUGUGGACGUACAGCAUGAAUGGGCCGGUUCGACCGGGGUGGUACCACUGUCUCACAGAAAACCGGCUUGAAACAACAGUUUUGCUGAUGUGUUUUGUGCGGUCAGUGAGAUAGCCGGUGGCCCUAUUAUCCCUUCCCGCUCCUGUCUCCCCACUCCUUUCCUAAUCGAAUCACCCACGACACGUCCUAUAAUGUGCGAUGAGCCAUGUCCUGGGAAAUUGUGAGCGGUGGUCACAUACCAUCAAGAGGUCCAUACGCUCAAACAAAAGCUUAUAAUUAUAAAGGUUAUUGCCGCGCAGUCUUAUUAUUUGCACGUGGAUAAGAAUAGAUUAUGUUAGAUAAACUAAAUAGGUAUACACAAAAUCAGGCCGACAUACUGUCGACUGGCAAGAGAUAAUUAUCAUUCGCAAGGAAUCACUUAUGUGUUUGAUUGUUGUGCCUGAAAAAAAAUCUCAAAAAAAGUAAAAAAAAUCAAAAUUAAGGCUGGGAUGGAUAAAGACACGAGUCAAAAUACUUGGACAAUGCACGUAAUAAAGGAAUUUAAGCAUUGUAUAUAUUUUUAUGAACGUUUUAGUUUGUGUAUUGCUUUUAAUCGCUCUGAUUUGACAACCAAGGAGUUAACUAACUAAAAUCUUUAUAAAAGUAUCUAAUUCACGGUCUAUUAUGGGAAGGCGGAUUACGAUCUAUAUUUGUGGCUGGCUUAUACUGUCGUAACGUCUGCUAUUUUAUCAUAAUAGACUGUAUUGUAGGCAUAACAAGAGCUAACGCAAUUAAUUUACAUUAGGAUUUACAUUAGGCUAAAUUACUCGUGCCCAACUAUCCAUACAGCCACCAAAAAAAAAAGAUUAGGUCCUAGUUUCUAUAAUCACGUAAUUUUUGAUAAUAACACAAAUUAUAUUAUAUCGUCAUUCCGAGUAUUAAGCGGUUUGAAGUGGUAGAGCCUCGCUAUAGUUACUGGCUAUAGCACGACUAGGCCGGCUCGACCGGGGUGGUGCCACUGUCUCACAGGAAACCAGUGAAGUGACAGCUUGCUGUUUCGUCACGAACGGUUGGUGAGAAUGCCGGAGGUCUACAUUCUUUUUCUCCUAACUAACCCUCUUCUUUAAACUUCUAUCUCUCUCCCUUUAAAUCCUUUGCUAUCCACGAAAGUCAACAAAGCACUUAAGAUCCUUCCAACGCCGAGGCUGGAUAUAUGCAGCAUAUUCACAUUUUUAAUACAAUUAUCGUUGCUGACUUCUAUUUAAGUUUUCCUAGUUCUACCGUAUUGAUAUUCGGAUUGUCGAUUAACUACUCGUAUGUAUCGAUGCGCUGCUUGUACCUGAAACGUUGUACAUAAAACGAACAUAAUAAAAAUAAAUAUUUAUUAAUAAAUAUAAUCACGCAAAAAUAGUAUUACGCUUGCUAGUAAAACAAAACCUAUGCCAAUAUUUAAGUUACUAAAAUAAGUUAAAUAAUCUAAAUGAUAGUUUUUAAGGUAAAUGAAAAAUUCCUUCGUAUCAAUUCUAAACACAUUAGAUAUAGAGUAGAGACGGUUAUGAAUCUAACCUGUCUAUAUGCGCUGUUAUUUAGGCAUAUACAUGCUAUCAGCUGCAAUUCGCUAUUAGUAUGCUUUGUAGGUGGGAAUGAGGCUAUUGAUUCCCAUAGGCACCACCACACAGAGGCCAAUCUUUCUACAUGUUUCAUUAUUUAUUAGCAUCUAAGGAAUAUUUGCCAAAUUGCAAACUUUCUUUAGGUACAUAGGGCUCAAAUGGGAUGUGUGGAAACCCGGCCUCUGCGUCGUGGUCCUAGCAAGAAUAAUUAAUAUUUUGGUAUUUAUAUAGUUUAACUAAAUCUACGUAGACAGUACAUACUGUUUAUCUCAUUUAAUAUCGGAAUUAAGGCAUCGUAAUCUUUAGUUAUAAAUGUUGUAUCCAAUUUGUAUUUAAAAUGUAUUUUAGUAAUAUCACUUGAAAACUUAUUCUAAAUUUAUUUUAAGAUGUACUUACAUUUUCGUAUUAAUUAUAUUAUUGGCCUAGUAAUAAGAUAUAUAACUAAAAUAUAUUAUUGGACUAGAGUAAGAAACAUUUAUCCAAUUAUAAACAACUUAUAAUGUUAAUCGUGUUUAUUGUUCUCGGUAAGUAUUAAAACCAAAAAAAAAAAAUAUAAAAAUAUAUAAAUCCAAAAAAAACAAUGUAGUCGUUUUGAAAUUCUAAAUGUUCGAUGUAUAGUUGUGUAAUCAUUAUAGACAUGUAACCAGUUUAUUCAAUAAAGAUAAUAUGUAUGUAGAAA